AUGUCCACCACAUGGCAUGGAUUAAGUUUACAGCAGACAAGCUCACCCCCGCUUCUUUUCCAGUACACAUGGACUCGCCAAGGUUACGCGCUCUGCGUCACGGAUCUCACCUCCAUCUGGACGGAGAAGCUAUCGCAUAAAGAGAUCCUGAACCGCGCAGAAGAGAUUAGCACGACUAUUGAUCCGAGUGAAGAUCAGGAGCAAUUUAAUGUGCUCUUAGUGAAGAUCGGAGAAGCGCUACGAGGCGAUGGAGGCAGCGCAACACUUAACAGUGGAUCUCAAGGCUCACUCGAACUCAGUACAAGCUCAAAACUACCCGCUCCAUUGCGGCCGUUAAAAUGGACGCUUUAUCUAUCGAAAGGGGCCUCGUCGUCUUUAACUGACCACUUACUUCUUCCGCUGUUAAAAGAUGAAGCGGGCUGGGAAUCCCGACAGCGAGUACUUCUGGACCAGCUGAAGCAGAAGGACUGGGCUCUUGGGAAGUUGCUCGACAAGUUUGAGUCUCUGGGAGUGGAGCUGGGGACUGUUUUCCCUGGUGCUGCUGGGUUGCGCACUACAAAAAAGGGUAGCACAAGGUCCGACGCGGGAAAAUUCGUCAAAGGCCUCGCGCCGUUUGAUGAAUCGGCAUGGCUCCGUGAGUCAGGGUCUUCAUCUGAAAGCUCAGGAUUGGCUGCAAAUAUCCUACACGAGCUUGGGGUUUCAAGGGCCGAUGUUGAAAAGAUUCGUGCACCACAGGACAAGUGGUGGGACGACCUACCAAAAAGGUCUGAGACGGCCGCAUCUCAAUCUGAUAAGAACGUUACGACACCUGAAGAUUCCACAUCUCAAAUGGAUGAACUGGCCAAGGCCUCUCAGCAGGACCGGGACCUAGAUCUAGACCAAGAUGGCAAUUCAACCGCCAGUGAUGACGACGAUUUUCAACGACAAGAGACCCCUCCCCGCAUUAAAGCUCAAAGGCAAAAGCUUGCCGCUUCCUCGUCGUCGAAAUCAAACGAUGAUGUUCAACCUUCAAAUACAGUCCCUGAUAUUCAUGCGGGCGAAGCUACAGCAUCAGACUCCGAGCCUGAGGCUGAUGCAGCGCCACAAAAACGCACACCAAUACCAACAAAACCUAGUCCACCUGCACCCGAAACCAAAGAAUCGCCCAAAAAACCUACAAAAGCUAGAGGUCGUUUGGGCGCGAUCGGAGGCAAGAAAAAGGAAGAAAAACAACCUUCCCCAGCCCCUUCUUCUCCUUCUCCGCCUCCAGCACCAUCACCCGUGCCUACACCACGGAAACCUAAGGGCGGAAAACUAGGUAUGAUUGGCGGGAAAGCUAAAAGCAAGGCACCUGAGGCUUCGUCACAGCCUCCUGCUGCUACUGCUGCUGCGCCAGAGCGCAAGCAGGAACGGCUCAAUGAAUCUUCAGAUCUGGAUAAUCCCGCUGAGGUAAUGGCAGACCCUGUAUCGAAGGUAGCAAAGCCUCAGGUCCCGGCUAGUCGAGAAAAAGAAAGUGCCGAGCCUGUCGCAGAGGAGACUGAGGAGCAGAAAACUGCCCGGAAACGGGAGGAGUUGAAACGUCAGCUUGAGGAGAAGAGUAAAGCUCCGAAGAAAAAACGGAGAUUUUAG